AUGAAUAUAGACGUCUGUCUUGAAAUUCUUCUUCUUCUUCCCUCCUACUCCUCCGUCCCUCCUUCUCCUCCUUCCCUCCUCCUCCUCCUCCUCAUUCCCUCCUCCUCCUCCUUCCCUCCUCCUCCUUUUUGUUCUUCUUCCCUCCUCCUCCUCCUUCUCCUCCUCCUCCCCUUCUUCUUCUUUUUCAUCUCCCCCCUUCUUCUUCUUUUUCAUCUCCCCCCUUCUUCUUCUUCUUUUUCAUCUCCCCCUUCUUCUUCUUCUUCUUCUUCUUCUUCUCUCAUCCUCCUUCUUUUUCCUCUUCUUCUCUCCCCCAUCCUCCUCCUCCUUUUCUUCUUGAAGAGAUAUACGGAGAGGAAGAAUUUAAAGCGUGGGUUAAUUAAACAAAAUUCCCUUCUUAAAGAAAUAGAAAGGAAUAAACCUUUGUUCGUUCGUUUUUCUUCUCUUUUAGAGUGA